AUGGGUGUGUCAACGGACAAAAAGCCCAAAGACCCACCAAAUAAAUCGGAAGACAACGGUGAGUCUUCCAGUGCGCGGCCACCUUCCUAUUCGGCCGACCAGGUCGAGCAGCCACCACUAGAGCUGCCGAAGCUGAAUCUGGGCGCCCACCUACACACAUCUUCUUUAACUACUGUCACCCGUGAUGAAUGCGUUGCACAUCUCAAGCUUCUGGCUGUGCUUGCAGACCUGCGAGAUACUAUCUCUAGUGAUGAUGGGCUCUUUGGUAUCAACGAUGCCGAAGCUGAAAGAUUCCCAAAUAAUCUGAAUGAAGCACGCGCUCGUAUUCGCGAAAAGCGCUGGGCCGUAUAUACAGCACGUGCAGUCGAUCGGUACACCAAAUGGUGGUCUACUGGCCUUCCUCAAUCAAGACAGAUGGCGACUAUUGAGGACUUGGAAGAUAUUCGCUAUGAAAACAUUCUUACUUGCGAUACUAGAGUCGGAUGGAGCAUAGAAAAUCUGCCCCCGUUAGAUAUUCUAAUGGUCUGGCAUGCUCAUUGUCUGAAUCCUCGGAACUACCUUGAGGAUUGCAUUCGAUAUGGCAAGAUCAGUACGUGGGCAACGGGGUUUCCAUGGGAAGUGAUAGAUCGCUGCAUCAACAACCAUACAAUGGAAUAUACGGUUGCUGAAGAAGGUCAGCAACUGUUCGAGCAGAAAAUGAAUCUUAAGUGGAACAAUCUGCACGACCAGCCAACCAAGAAAGUCAUCUGCCCGUGCUGCCAAAGGGCGACCUCUGUCCCGUGGACAGAUGCUUACUUUGGGGCCAGUCUCUUCAACGCCUUCAAAUAUGGAAAUGGCUACGCCGACCAUUCAUUUAAGGUGGAAUGCGAUGGCUGUCAACGCAUAAUUGACCAUGAGAGGCUCAAAGUAGAAAAAUUCCGAAAAGACGUUGCAGCAACCCUUUAUGAAGGCCUUCCUAUGCCCGGGUCAUUCAUCAAUCUUUAUGGAAUUCCUACGCGCCCAUCUCCAACCCUCUCCAAUGGUAGGAUCAUUCGGUAUAAGCUAUUCCCAACACGGGUCGUUCUGGCCGCCGGAAAGGAGUUGAUGGAAUUCACUGAUGCUCGAGUCGGUCGGUGUCUAAACAUCACCCAGUUGAAGGAUCGAUUUGGGUCGUCCCACAUUCUACGCGAUAGAAAUGUGUUGACUUUUGCCCUCGGUGACAGCGCUGGUACUAUCUGGCCCACCGAGAAGGUCCACAUCCGACGGAUGAUGUCUCGAUACUGGGAUAAUCUCGGCCCCUUCGCGCUAGACCUUGUCGGCGCUGUUAUCAGACAAGGGACCUUCGUGGAUAAAAUGGACCAAAUCGACUGGCUCCAUUCACCAACAGUCUUCAACACCAUGGACCGGCUGAUAAAAAAGUACGAAGUGUUCUUCAAGAUCAUGAUGGAAAACCCAAAGAAUAUGGCCGUCCCCACACUGGACGUCGACCUAGCCUGGCACACACACCAACUCAACCCAUCACGAUACUACACAUACAGCACAAUUCGUCCAACAGCCGGUGGUGUCCACGUAUUCAUCGACCAUGACGACAAAGUCGACGAAGGAAAACUCUCCGACGGCUUCGCCUGGACCAGCAAAAUGUACCGCCGUGCCACCGGCGGCGGCAUAUACAGCGAAUGCUCCUGCUGGUACUGCGAGGCGACACGAGCACCAGAUCUGUAUGACCGGAUGAUCACAGUUGGCUCAGCCUCUCGCGCCAGAACCGCUGCAGACAACUUGCACGAUCGCCCGGAUAUCUCAUCCGACCCAAACAAGAACCCACAUAUAUCGUCGCACAAUGCUGUCCGGCCAGUAUACCUGUACGCGAGUGAGAGGUCCAAAGGCCUGCAACGCAUACGUCUACAGACCGACUACCAAAAGGCUGCUCGGCGAGCUGAGAAGCGAGGCCGUCAACGCUCUAACUCCAAAUCUGCUAACCAGAACGACGCUUAUCUGUACAUGCCGUAUGCAUAUGGUUACCCCAUUGUGAUGCCGUACUAUGCACCGUAUAUGAUGGACCCGUCUAUCAACUGCGAAUCGUACGCAAGUAACCCUACCUGCAUGAAUAUUACGCCAAACGCCGCUGGGAACUGCUGUUCCGGCACAUGUGGCGGUGGGGCAGCUGCAGGUAGCUGUGCAGGAGCGGAUCUGGUGGCGGCUGCGGAGGAUCCAGCGGCGGUGGUGGAGAUGGCGGCAGCGGUGGCGGCAGCGGCGGUUGCGGAGGAGGAGGUGGUGGUGGUGGAGGAGGUGGAGGAGGCUGCGGUGGUGGAGGUGGCUGCUAAUUCAAAGAACGACUGCUAA